AUGACAAAAAUAAAUUCAAGUUUACCAAAUAAAAUUGAUGACUUCUUUGAUAAUAUACUAGAGAAUGAGGAAGACUUGAUUAGUUUAUUUACUGAAAUUGCUAUAAAUAAAGCAAGGGAAUUGCUUGUUUCAGAUUUAGAUAAUGUAAAUAAUAACUCUGAAAGUACUGAUUGGAAUACUAGUUCUGCAUUAACUAUAACAAGUAAAAACAUAAUAAAUGAAUCAAUUCAAAGUUAUGGUAAAGUCAAAAAUUUACAAGGACUUGCAUAA